AAUUGUUGGCAGACAGGAUGAUGACAGUUCUAGCAGUGACGUGCUGACAGUCCCAUCAUUUUCUGAUAAAAUGCAACAUAAUUUGGCAGUUGAAAGUCCUGAUACUAGAAGAGCUGACAGCACACUGUCAUUUGUCAGUGUUGACUCUGCUUUGACAUCAGAUGAGCACCGGCCAGAACUGACAAGCCUUUCAGACGCUGGCGCUAUUGUUCUAAACAGAAGCCUUAAAAGAGAGGAUCUUCCUACAGUUAGUGAUAGUUUUACCAGCUUUAGCAAUGAACAAGCAGUCAGUGGUAGAACAGUCCAUGGUACAACAGUCAGUGGGACAACAUUCAGUGGUAUAAAUGUCAGUGGUACAACAGCCAGUGAUACAACAGUCAGUGGUACAACAGUCAGUGAUACAACAGUCGGUGGUGAAACAGGCAAUGAUACAACAGUCAGUGAUAC